UUUAUUUCCUUGUUUUAUUUUCUGGAAAAUCACCAGCUGAAAACACAUACCUUUCUAUGGAUAAUAUAUAGGAUACAUCAGAAAUGAUAAUGUAUGUUAAAGUCUUCACUGUAUGGAUAGUUUCAACCAAUUUUCUACAAUGUUUAAUACUUGACAGAUAUUUGAGAAAGGAAGAUUUGAUUUUGUACAUGAAUUCAAUUGGCUGUCGUCUAGAUGAAGUAGUUGAACGUUAUAAGAAGGUUUCUAAUAGAGGUCACCAGUGCAGAUUAGUUGUUGAUUAUGAGAGGCAACGACUUGAUGGCUACCAUGCAUGGAGGAUGAUUUUUGAUUUACAAGCUGAGGAGACUGUCUCAUCCAUUAGCAAAAAUUUAAAGAAAUGUCGCCAAACUGAUGAUGAAAAAGUCUUCACUAUGAGCUGCAAUAUCUACAAUAAUAGUUCUCUUGGAGACAUCUGUCUAUCAAACAAAAAUUGUGUCAACAAUACUGUUUGCAGCAACAGAUUUAAUGGGAGAUAUACAUGUACAUGCAAAGAAGGCUAUCAGGAAGAAAAUGGAGAAUGUAUUAAAGAAAAUUUAUCACUUGGAGAGAACUGUAGCCUCAGUGGUCAGUGCAAUCAAUCAAAUGCAGAAUGUAGAAACAGUGUAUGUUCAUGAUAAUUG